AUGCCAACUCGCAUACUCACUCGCAUGCCAUGCUUCUCUCGGCUGCAGGAGGAUUUCUACAACAUCGAUAACUUUUCUCGCUUUGGGUCGACGAGUAACCUGGCGAAAACCGAGUUUUGGCCUUGCGGCUCCGUGGCCACAGGCGAGCCCGCCAUGCCACUGGAUCUCCCACCCACCUGCAACGAUCUUUACUUGCCAGAACCACUAUCCUUUUUUGAAUAUUCUACCAUGGGGCUAGACGCGAUAAUUGAUGCCUUGAAUACCACGAUCAACUUCGCCGAACUACUCAUACACACCAUUAGAGUCAGUACCGGGGACGACAUCUUCGUUCGGUCAAUCCAGAUUAUGAGAAAUGAUCUGAACGAGGUCGAGAGACUGCUCGGCAAUGAAUCGGUUAGGAGGAAACUCACAGCUGUCCCUAGAAAGCUUGAAUGGAUCAGAGGUGCCAUCACCAACACUAAGUUAACAUUUAACGCUAUUACCCAAUGCGCCCAGAGUGCGUGCGUAGACCAACAAGUUACCAAAUCUAUCCGUCCCGACCCACGACUUCGCGAGAGGCUGAUUAAUCGGCAAACGGAGCUUUCGACAUGCCAUCAGCAAAUAUCAAAUGUACUGAACUUUCUAAACCCUUUGGAAGAGAUUCCCGUUAGUUCAGAUCCUCCGACAUAUCACGAUACCACUUACUUUGACGAUAUCCUGUCCCCCCAGCAGAAUAGGGAAGGCAUGAUGAAAUCAGGCCAAACUUCGAAAUCACAGCAAGCAAAAGUUGAGGGUAAGAGCACCCCAUUUUCAUAUAUUUUGCAAUCCACACGACCGGGGGAACCCUACGAUCUUCGAGCAAAUCUUUUGCUUGUACAUAAUAAUACUCCGCCAGCAUACGUCUCAGUGCCACAGACAAUCCAGCCUCAGGAACUCGAUACAGUAGAAGGGAAGGGCUCCCACUUGUCCUUUCCGAAGCAGAAGACUACAUCCGAGUGUGCCCUCCUUAGCUCUCCAUCACCUAGUCUCCAAACACCCAAGUAUUUGCCAUGUUCUAUGAAGAAUUUACCGCCAUCUUCAGAUUACAUUCAACAGCCACUACCCAAUGCUACAACCGGAAGGAAACACCAACAAGGCGUUCCAGAGCCAAUUGGCGCCACGCAUUCACUCUGCGGAACAAAUGCUCAAGGGCCAGUAAAUCCUUACGAGUUUUUCCCUGACCUUGAACCUGAAUCUCCCAAGCUUGGAUCAAACAGUCGUCCUGUCCACGCACUAUCGGAAAUGCCUGGAGACACGUCCUUUCCUGUAGAAAUACAAGCCUAUGGCUCAGGGUCAUCUCCUCGAUAUCCUCGACCUGGAGUAAGAAGUAUUGGGUUCGAACUUCCCACACAAUAUCCCAGUCAACGGACGGUUCAAUAUAAUCCAUCUGAAGACUAUCCGAUAGCAGCUCACAAAUCACCAUCACCAAACCCCGCGAGCGUUCCCGCAAACGUUUCUCAGCAGGAACUGCCCGUAUCCAGACAGAAUUUCCACUCAGGAUUCACCAGAUUACAGCAAAGUCGAUUUGAGUUGCCUUCAUCUCCGGGUUAUCCGGUACGUAAACCGGAAUAUCCACAAUAUCCAUCCCCGACUUCGGCUUUGCAUUCAUCAACACCCUCACUAAAAUCUACAAAAUACACCCCAUCUCCUCUAUUAGCUCCUUCGAUGGGCAGGUCCACUCGUCCCGGCGUUGGCGAACGGUUGUUCCCCGGCAAAGGCACCAGAGACGGCAUCCGUUGCCAGGAUGCGGAUCCACUAGUAUUUAAUAAGGAAAUUAAAACAAAUAACGGUUCAUUACAUGUACUAUCCAACGAAGAUACACAUGCACAACUCUCGUCACCAUCAAUUUCGUUCAACCUGUUGGUUUCGUCUUGUGUCUCGUUGGAUCAGUCUCCGAAAUCUAUCCAAUCGAUGCAUCCAUUUGUCGCGGCCUUGGCCCCCACCGCGAAAUGCGAGGAAAUUCUUGAUCGUUCAAAUUCUCUAACCCUUGUAGAAACUGCUACCCUACCCCAUAACACUGGCAUCCAAGCGCAAUCCAAUAUGCAUUCUAUGUCUAUAGUCUUUAUCACCGAGCCGCAUGACGCUCUCAAAGUACCAAGGUCUUCUAGUGCGCCGGGUUCAAAUUUAUUUCUAUUUUUCUACUCAGUAAUGAAAAGUCUUGAAGACUAUGAGGAAACACUACUUUGCUCGCUGGAUACCCAGGAUCUCGAAGUUUUGCCCGAUAGCGAUUCCGAUAUCGACGCAAUGUCAUACAAACAUGCCGUGAAGUGCUUCCUCCAUAUCGACCCAAAGGAAGGUGGACGGAAGCCCCAAAUAUCCAAGUUGCACGGGAAAAACGAUUCUGCAAUCGGCACCCCCCUUAUUCUGGACUUUCCGCCCAUGUUGGAACUAAACUACGGACCACACAGAAUACCGAGAGGUGGUCGUAACCCUGGUUGUAUUCGAGCGGCUCUCCGAAUGGUUUGUAAAGAGACCGUCGAAAGAUCCUACCGUCAGCCCCUUCCACCCGAAUCUUCAAUUAUGUUCUUUGAAGUCUCCGAGAGUGAUGAAGUAGGCAGUGUUAAUAUGAGGAUCAAGGCAAGUUGUCUCAUCGAGAAAAAGCACGUAGGGAGCAAGUGA